CAUUGCUCCGGCUUCAUGGAUGCGCACGACACCCUCCCCAUAGCCCAGUUCCGCCAGGCCCUCCUCGAUGCCGUCCAGGAAUAUCCGUGCCUCAUCGUCGUCGGCGACACCGGCAGCGGCAAGACCACCCAGCUUCCGCAGUAUAUCCUUGGACUAUCAGAAGCCGUCGCCGAGCAACCCCCGGUCGGUGUCUCGCACUCACCUGCUCGUCCCAAGCGCCUGCCUCGAGUCGCCGUCACCCAACCCCGGAGAAUUGCGGCCGUCUCGGCGGCCAAACGGGUGGCCGAGGAGCAGCAUGUGCCGCUGGGAAGCAAGGUUGGAUACCACAUCCGCUUCGAGAAGCUCGCUGAUGACUCGGCACGGCUCAUGUUCAUGACCGACGGCAUUCUCUUGCGCGAGGCAUGUGAGGAUCCCUCGUUGUCGUCGUGGGACUAUGUCCUCCUGGACGAAGCUCACGAGCGUUCGCUCGAAACAGACAUUCUCUUUGGGCUUCUGCGCCGUGCAUUGCGGCUCCGGACAGAUCUAAAAGUCGUGAUCAUGAGUGCAACACUGGAUAUGGACAAGUUCAGCGACUUCUUUGGCGACUGUCCGAUCUUCAGCAUUCCCGGACGAAUGUUUGUCGUGGAUAUCUUGUGGCAGAAGACAAUGAAGCUGGCGACUCUCAAAUCCACAUUUGUCCAGCGAUCUGUCGAGACAGUCCUUCACAUCCACAAGGAGGAGGAGCCAGGCGACAUUCUGGUUUUCCUGACGGGAAGGCAAGACAUCGAGUCGGCCAUCUCCAGGCUCUAUGCAGCCACAGAGGACCUCGCCCGCAGCGACAUCCGCCACUCGGAUCAAGUCUGGAACGUUGUCGCCUAUCCCAUCUACUCGUCGCUCGAGUCGGUGGACCAACGAGCCAUUUUUGAUCCACCCAAACGCGGAUAUCGAAAAGUCAUCUUUGCAACCAACAUUGCCCAAACCUCCAUCACAAUCCCGGGCAUCAGAUAUGUUGUCGACAGCGGCUUUGUCAAGCAGACAAUGUACGACCCAAAAACAUCCAUGGACGCUUUGGUCGUGGUCCCCAUCAGCCAAGCAACUGCAACACAGCGUGCCGGUCGUGCUGGAAGAACCGCCGCUGGGAAAGUAUAUCGCCUGUAUUCGCGGCAAAUCUUUGAUGCCAUGGAUAUCGACACGGCUCCCGAGAUCCAGCGAAGCUCUCUUAUUGGCACCGUACUUGCGCUCAAGCGCAUGGGCAUCGACGAUGUUCUCAACUUUGAGUUUAUCGAUCCGCCAGAGCCCGAGCUUGUGAUUUGUGCUCUGAGAGAUCUGUUCCUGCUCGGUGCUCUCGAUGAAUGCGGCGGUUUGACGCCGCUCGGCCGUCAAAUGUCAUCAUUUUCAAUAUCUCCACACCUCGCUCGAGCCUUGAUUGGAUCUUCUUUGGAUCAUGGCUGUGCCGAAGAAAUGCUGACGAUUGUUGCUCUACUUUCGGUUGAAGACAUCUACAUCACCCCGCGCUCCCCAAAACAACAAGAUGCUGCCGCACAGGCCCACAAGCAAUUUGCGCAUCCACUUGGCGACCACAUGACCCUUCUUCAAAUCUAUGAGCAGUGGAAGAGAGCCGGCUUUGAUCGCCAGUGGGCCCGCACGUGGUACUUCCACCACCGUGCUCUUCUAACAGCCAAGAGCGUUCGCUCCCAGCUCGAAGAGACCAUGAAGCGAAACAAACUCGUCAUUCGGUCAUGUGCUCUGCCUGAUCAACCUCGGCGACCGUUCAAGAAAGCGCGCCAUGGUGCCCAGGACGAUGACCCCGAGAGUGCCUUGGCCGACAUCCGAUUCAACCACGUCCCCAUUCUCAAGGCUCUUUGCGCGGCCUUCUUCAUGAACACGGCGAAGCGCCAUCCCACGCGAGCGCUUUUCUACAAGUACCAAGAUAGCUCGGCAUCGGCCUCUGCCAACACAAACCAGGAGAGCAAGCAGUCUAACCAUCUGCUUGGCCUCACGCUUCAUCCGCAGUCAUCUCUGUCUUCUGCCGCACUGACUUCCAAAAUCGAAUGGGUCAUCUAUCACGACAUUCAAUUCGUGAAUCGUGCUGUGAUGCGCUGCGCUAGCCAGAUCGAUUUUUCCAUGGUCGAGGCAUUACUCCGGCGCUCGGACAAUCUGGACAUCAGCAAACUCGCUGCUGGCGUCCCAAGCGAUACUGCUGCUGAUCGACCCGGAACGACCAGCCGUCGUGCAAGCUGGAUCGAUCAAGUCUCGUCAAAUGGCGAGACAUAUGCAGAUGGCAGCGGAUGCCACCCUGAAGACGGCUUGGAUGCGAGUGACGGUGAUGCGAAAGCAAGCUCGAUAUCGGCAGCGGUGACAGCCAGCGAAUUCGAAUCCGUAUUAGAAAUCAUUGACGAAGGGCACCACAGCGAGCGACCAGCAACAGGAGCCACACAACUUUCCCAGGCCAGCGGGGCAGCUCUGUCAAUACGAAUGCACAGCCGCGACCUGCAAUCGUGCUCGCAUGCUCCUUCCUGUGAGAGCGUAGUUUCGCAGCGCCCUGAGUCGCUGACCACCUCAAGUGAAUCGAAGAACCAACGAGACCAAGACAUCCAGUCCGCACGAGAACGCUAUCUUGCCCGGAAGCGCAAAAAAUAGCGUUCUCGACAACACAAAGGUCGACACCGCUCCCGGCAGCGUCGCGGCUCACAGAAGCUGCUGGGUGUUGGGUCCUCAGACACACUGUUUGGCCAUGGGAGUAUUCAGGACCAGAAAACAAAGUCGCCCCGAUCCCAUUGCAGCCACCACGACCUCGAGCCCAAUGAUCUACAGGCCACAUGGUCUCGACCACGGAUUGAUGGCCGACUCGGUUGGCAAUCAAAGUGUUGUUGUUGCUUUGUGAAUGCGAUCUUGAAUACAUCCGCUCGACCUCCUGCAAACGAUCGACUGACACACCGAGAUCAUGUUCCGCGAGGCAUUGGCAUCUUGAC